GGUCCAUCUCUAAAAAGACACGUAAAGCAACAAAAAUAUCAAAAUCACUCCGGAGUAAAACUAUCAAAUUUAUGAAUUAAAUACGAAUAGAUAGAGAACCAAACACAAUGGACGCUGGCGUGUGGUACCGAUCCCUUCCCAGAUUCACCAGAUAUUGGUUGACGGCCACGGUGGUAUUGAGUAUGCUAUGCCGCUUCGACAUAAUCCCCAUAUAUUGGCUGCAUCUGGACAGAAAUUUGGUUUUUGGGAAGCUGCAGCUCUGGCGCUGUGUGACGUCACUGUUCGUCUUUCCGAUUUCAUCAAACACCGCGUUUCACUUCCUCAUCAACUGCUUCUUCAUCGUGCAGUACAGCUCAAAACUGGAGAAGGAUCAGUAUAGCCGAAGUCCAGCGGAUUAUCUAUAUCUGCUGAUCGUCUCGGCAGUACUGGCCAAUAUCGGAGGAAUGCUCUUCAACGUAUAUUUCCUCAUGGACAUGCUCGUCCUGGCGAUCACCUACAUAUGGUGCCAGCUGAACAAGGAUGUGACUGUGAGCUUCUGGUUCGGCACCAGAUUCAAGGCCAUGUAUCUUCCCUGGGUGCUGGCCGCCUUUGAGUUAAUUUUCCAUUUCUCCCUGGCAUCUCUAGUUGGCAUUUUCAACGGACAUGUCUACUAUUUCUUCAAGUUCCAGUACUCUCAGGAUUUGGGAGGCACUGCCCUGCUGGAAACUCCUCAAUUUUUGAAACGCCUUGUGCCGGACAUUUCCGGCGGAUUCGGUGGCUUUGGAGUGCCACCGGAGAGCAGAGCACCACCGCGACAGGCGCCCGAGAGUCCUUGGGGCCGGGGCAUGACCUUGGGUCGGAACUGAACCCCCAACUUAUCACCGAAACUAGACUAAUUCCCUUUUCUAUGGUUUGGUUUUCACUUUUUCUUAACCAAACUCUUAUAACAAACAAAGAAGCCCCCGUAUUUUUCAAACUAUUUUUCAAUCACCACUCGAUUCUCUGGCAACAGCAAUAAGUUAACAUGUUAAGUGGUAGGAUUGCAUUGUGCAUUAAUGAAAUUAUAUUGAUAUAUGUUUGUACAUAUAUAAUCAUUAAAAAAAGACAAAAGUA